AGUAAUUACUCUUUGUCGGAGCGUAUCGUGUAUCAAUGGAGCCUCUGUCAGCCAUGGGUGGCCGCGUAGUGCCCAAAUUGCAUUUGAUCAACGUUGGCGCCGACUCCGAUACCCGCUACUCCAACCACACUCCUAGUGGUGGAUCGGUUAGCGAGCGCCUUUCUCAUCGACCAUCUCGACGGCAACCAGAAACACCGACAACGUCGAGGGUGGGGAAGGUCAUGCCUACGCGUGUGUCGGGGGCUUCCAUGGAGUUCCUGGAGACUGCUGUACUCCCACCUAUGCAGCUCCGACCAGCAGCAGCCACGCCAAGUACCAGCUCGUCAUCAUCUCGUCAAGCCAAACAAGCGAUAGAAGCCGAUUCGACUUCAGGCAGCAAGAAUCAUCGAGACAGUGAGGCGGAGUUCCAAGUGCUACACCCAGCAAUUGAUAAAAUGGCAGACGAACGUGGUGAAGACUUGGCGCGUCUCUUGCUGAGUCGAUGGUCGAUUCACUCGGGCGAGGAGCAAUUCGCUUCGAUAUCGCUGUUUUGUGAGAUGAAGUUGAACGAAGCGAAGCGCAUGGCAUCGUGGGCUGAAGCCCCCAAUCGAUUCUACACCGUUGUGUGCUGCCAGUUACUCGAGAAGUACAUUUCACGCAUAGCGACGAGUAAAACAUCUCACAACAACGUCGAUCCAGUGGCGGCUACAGUUGGUCAGAGCAUCGCGUUCUUACGAAGAAUUCACGCCGAGUUGGUUGCGUCGAUCUUCUUGCCCCCGACACAAACUCAAGUCCAAGAUCACGCGGUCACAGGGGGUGGACUCGACUACGAACACCGCACACCCUACUUCACGGAAUUCAAACGUCUUCGCCGUAAAACACAGGCACUAGUUACAACCGUAAGAGAACGCGAGAGUACACGGACGACACGUCAACAGCUACCCGGUAGAGUCAGCAAGCUCAUAACUUAUCUGGCCAAGCGACAAGAUCGGCAAACUCUUGCUUUAACUUUCCGUGGUUGGGCGAACUCUAUGGCUGCGCAGCGUCAGAUUCGAGCUCUCAAAAUCCAAGCUUUUCAAUGCAUGCAAAAGACUAACCUCACCACGUGGUUUCGUGUCUGGCGGAUCGAAGCACUAAGGAGAGCGUAUCACCGAGAAAGUGCCGACUAUCAAACGAUGUUAUCUGUCACAGCUGCAUCCUUGAGUAGGAAGGAUAUCGCGAUCGCGGAGGCCGAAGCUAAAGUCAAAUCUAUGGCAAGGAUUAUCGACAGCUUAACCGAAUCCAACAAGCAGCUUUCGUAUCGUGUGGAUCACUUAGAAAACCUUUCAGCCGCUGCAGCCUUCGCUAGCGGCGGAGAUGGAGGCGCUAAUAACCACGGCUUAAGUGACAACGACAAUGGAAGGCGACACGAUAGUGACAACGGCAACUUCUCUCCUGGACGGAGACGCGAGGCAAACUAUGAGCGCAUCGACACUAUGCUCAGCCAAGAUGAUGAACGCAUGGAUCGCACUAACCGUAUGCUAUUAGAAACCAUGUUCGGAAUGGCACGUAUGGUUGAAACGUGCGCUAUUCAAAUGUCCAAAGACAUGAUGGACUCGCUCGAGUACCAACUUGACGGAAGUGUACUUCAGCACCUGGCCGAAAUGAUCCAGACAGAGAAUGAGCUCAAAGCGAAGGCAGACGCAGCUGAAGGCUCGACGAGCCUCUCCUCCAUACACUUCAGCAAAAGUAUCGGUGGCCGCACAUUGACAGCAUUAACCACGACUCCCUCUCGUGCAGCAGCAGCAAGACCAGCACGUCCCAGUGCUGUGACUGUCCGCGAUCUGGCUCAAAUGCCAAUCGAUACAUUGCUGUUAUACUGGUUCCGCAUGCACUUGAGUUUAUCGUCGUCCGUGGAGAAACCUGCCGAUCGAACCGUCAAGAAUUUCACAUCAGAUCUCGCCGAUGGUCGACGCAUUUCCUUCCUGCUGCAUCGGCUAUUUCCUUCGUGGUUCGACGCCUCGAUGGUUCACGAGCUCGACGUCGAUCAAAGACUGCAAAACAUCGCCACUUUCCACGAACGUGUUCAGCCACCAUUACCACAAGUUGUCACCAGCGACAGCAUCCACGCAGGUAGCGGCACAGAAAAUAUCACUUUCGUUGCCAUGCUCUUCGGCACUGCCGUGGGUACCGUUCGCAAGCUCAACAUGGAGAAGCAGCGUGGGGAUUUCCUUAAUAUCGUCACAGCCUGGAGGCGUGUUCGUGGUCUCCUACUCGAGGUGAAACGGAUGAACGACAACUACGACGCGGGGAUGGUUGCUCAUCUUCUCAAAGAGAUGCGAACGUGCGAGACGCUCUUCAAACAAUUGCAUUCCGAACUGAAUCAAAUCGCCGUGACAUCGAAUGAAGCUUCCAGUGCGCUCUCGCAGAUCGCUUACAAAGUGCUUGCGAUCACCUGGUCUUGUGUCCGUGCACGCGACAUUCACCCGAACGCUCCUCUGGGACUUGUGGACGAGCGAACACACGAGCGUAUACGCGAGUUCUCCCGUGUCGACAGCUCUUGCAUUCGCAAUCUCCUCGUUCACGACACCGAGAUCGCUUUCAAUCUGCUUAAUCAAUCUGUAGGCCGCAAAGGCUCCAGCACGACACAAGUUAUGGUUACUGGGUCCACCAUGCCACCGUUCGUACCCGAGCGAGAUGUUGACAUUGCUACAGCUGCUGUCCGACGUGCUCUGCUUGCUUAUAGCAAGGAUCUCAACGACAUCUUCAAACAUUACAGUGCGAGUGGCGGGGCUGGGAGCCUGGCGGCAAUGAGCUUGACGGAGUUCAACAAGCUCAUCAAGGACUGCUUCACUGGAGAUAAACACAUCACUCAACAAGUGGUUGAUAACGUCUAUAGAGCUGCUCUACACCUGGAUUCAAUUCUUUCUGGGGCAACGAAUGAGCUUCCCUCGGGGAUAACUGCAACAUCUGUGAUCCCAACAAAAGCGGCCGAAAACGGCUCCGAUGAAGUGACCGAGGCGGAGCCAGAACUAUCUGGUCGACAAUUUGCAGAUGCCCUUGUGCGACUAGCCGCGAUAAAGUAUGCCCCAAUGCCAGCACCACGGGGUCCAGCACGGGGAGGCCAUGCUCGUGCAGCACCAACGCCGACACUACCGCUGGACGAACGUUUUCGGUUGCUUAUGGAACAAGAUAUUCUCCCAAACGCUCUGCGAUCUCAGCGGGAACUCUUCCGUGCCGAAGUCGCACAACCAAAAGUACGCGAGGUCUUCCAGCGGCAUAAGCCUGUUCUCCAGCGUAUUUUCCGCUAUUAUGCAUCCAUGCACGCCAUACGCGAGCAGAACUCGACCCUUUCGCUGUCUGCUUUCAUUGUCAUGGCGCGUGACUGCAAGCUCAUCGGAAGCUUUGUGACGGAACAUACACUCAAGCAAGUGCUCGUUAAUCUGCAACGUGAUGAUGGCAGUUCUCCAGCACCAGCAACCGGAACAAUAAGCACUGAAGCCGAACUGGAGAUGCUGCGCGCAGACUUCAGCGACUUCCAAGAGGCACUUGCUGCACUCACCGAGUAUGUGAUCUGCAAUCCAUACGUCGCGUUACACAAGCGCGUCGAUCAAUUCUUGCAGGAAAUGUUACUUCCCCGUGCUCGUCAAAAGAAGAAACCCGGUUAUUAAGCAGCUCCUGAAGAACACACUACAAAAUAUAGACCCACACAAAAUUUCGCCUAC